ACAUGAGAAAGGUUAUAAAGUUCUAGCUGCCCUUGCUGCAACGUGCCAUGGCUUUCGACCAGGAACUGCACAGUUUUUAACAUGAGACCUGGGUCAUCCGAAGAUGGGACCAGGAGAAUUCCCCAAGGACUCAACUCGACGUAAAAUUGGACAGGAAUCUGAGACUGGAGUUGCAGGCUCGAAUCUAGCCAAGGAAUUCAUGUGGAUAAAUGUAUAAUCAAGGAUGCUAGUGAGUGAAUUACAGCUACGAAAGGUACCAGGGCGAUAUUUCAAGAUGACGACCCAACCGAUGGACAUCAUGGGCCAGUGGAAGAUAACUGUCUGGGAAGAGCAAAACUUCCAGGGAAAACAUUGUGAGUUUAUGCUGGAAUGUCCUAACAUCAUGGAGCGAGGAUUCAACAAGAUACGAUCCAUUAAGGUAGAAUGUGGACCGUGGGUGGGAUAUGAGUAUCCAGAAUUCCAGGGACAGCAGUUCAUUCUGGAGAAAGGUGACUAUCCACACUGGGAUGCCUGGAGUGGAAACAGUGGCUACAGAACAGAGCACAUGCUCUCCUUCCGCCCUAUCAAGUGUGCCAAUCACAGUGACAGCAAGAUCACGCUUUAUGAAAAUGAGAACUUCCAGGGCCGUAAGUUUGAGUUGUGCGAUGACUACCCCUCUCUACAGGCCAUGGGCUGGUGUAAUAAGGAGGUUGCUUCCAUCAAGGUGAACUCUGGAGCGUGGGUUGGCUACCAGUAUCCAGGUUACAGAGGCUACCAGUACAUCUUUGAGAGAGACAGGCACAACGGUGAGUUCAAGAGCUACAAUGAAUACAGCACCCAGGCCCAUACCAACCAGCUGCAGUCUAUCCGCCGAAUCCAGCACUGAGCAAUGGGCUGUUCAGCUUUUUCCUUGCCAACCUGUACUAAGGAGUGCCUGCAGUGAUCAAUAAAACAAGAAGCAUUCUGCAAAAUAUUCAA